CCCAGCCGGCUCCCGCGGCGGGACGAAUUCUCGAGGGAGCUGAGCGUCCGUGGCUGGCGUGAGGCCUCUGCCAGAGGAAAGUAGCGUUUGAUGAGAGCCCGCCGCUGCUGCGGGGCAGUUAAGCUGCUCCGGAGCCGUUUGCCUGGAGAGUGGCUGUGCAAGGUCUCUUUGGCAGCUGUAGCGCUAGUGCCUUGUGCUUUGCCUUCAGAAUACACCCGAUCAAGUAUUUAAUAUCGUUCAUUGCUUGGAUGGCUCUGCUACCUCCAGAUCCACAGUUUGUUCUCAGAGGUACCAGUGCUGCAGUCCACACUCUGCGUUUUUCCUGUGGAGGCAGAGAACCUGAUGUCCCUGUUCUUUUUACUGGGUCUGAGAAUGGGUUUAUCCAUGUCUGGAACCUGAAGACACACAGAGUGGAUGCAGCACUGGAUGGCCAUGGAAGAAAAUCUGUCUACUGUGUGGAGACAAUGUGUGGUAAAGACAGGCUCCUCAGCCAGGGUCGUGACCAGAGGAUCUGCUUGUGGGAUUUAGCAGAGGGACGGACUUCAGUGAUGGAUUCUGUCUUCACGGAGAAUGUGGGAUUCUGCAGAUGCUCUCUGUUAAAAGUGGCAGAGGGACGCUGGCUAAUGGCCAUGGCAGCCAAAGCCCUGGAAGAGGUUCAGGUUUUGGAGCUGCCAUCCAAGACGUCAGUCUGUACCUUGAAGCCAGAGGUGGGUGCCAAGCUGGGCAUGCCCAUGUGUCUGAAGUUAUGGCAGCUCAACUGUGGUUCACAACCGUUGCUUCUGGCUGGCUAUGAAGAUGGAUCAGUGAUCCUUUGGAGUUUGUCAAUGGGAAAAGCAUUAAGCCAACUUGUUUGCCACCAGGAGCCAGUGAUGAGCCUUGACUUUGACUCGGAGAAGGCCAAGGGGAUCUCAGGCUCAUCUGAAAAGGUGCUUAGCAUCUGGAGCCUCAAUGAGCAACAGAACCUCCAGGUUUACAAAAAACACAACCUUGUCAACGCUGGCAUAUCUGAUAUCGCCAUCCGUCCAGACAAGAAGAUUUUAGCAACAGCAGGGUGGGAUCAUCGCAUCAGGAUCUUUGGCUGGAAAAAACUGAAGCCCUUGGCAGUGCUGGACUACCACACAGCAACUGUCCAUUGUGUGUCCUUCUCAGAUCACACAAACCCCAGUGAGAGACUGCUGGCAGCUGGCUCAAAAGAUCACCGCAUCAGUAUCUGGUCAAUAUAUACUCAGACGUGACAUGUUCUGCACUGUCGGACAAGGAAAACAGGACUGAUGAAGCAAUUCUUUACACUGUAAUUCAAACCUGAAUGUGGGGAAGUAGUAGAAUGUAUUUCCAGGCUGAAGUGAGAGUCCUAGGUUAAUUCUUAUGCUGCUUGUUCAAGCUGCAACUUUUGUUUUCCAGAGAGGGAAGCGGAUUUUUAAAAUGCAUAACAAGCAGAGCAAGGCCAGCCACAAGCGCAGACAUAGAACAAGUCACUUCGAGUUCUGCUGCAGAUUUUGUAACAGCUUUUGUUUGGCAGGUUGCUCAAAUAACUUGUGCCAGUGUCUUUUUUUGUGAAAAAGGACUGGAAUCCCUCAGACUGCAGUGGGGGCAAAAUACAUCUGCUUGUAAGUCAUUUAUGUAUCCAAGGAUCUGAAUCAGUGUAAAAUAUCACUCUUUCUUGAAAAUUUAUACCCAUUAAACCACUUCCAGUGGUUUCUCAUUGUCAGUUACUUUUUCUUCCCCAUAACUGAAAGGCUAUCAGAACAACCUUGAUUUGUUCACACUUCUGUCAGUUUCUAACUUAAACCAACAGCCAGGAAUGUGACUAGGGACGGCCUUUGGCAUUUAUGAAUUUCAUUAUGUCUCCUGUCACCUCAAGCCUCACAAUUAAUCACAAGAAAGAAAGGGGAAAAAAUCUUCCCCUGCACUGCACUGCAAAGCUAUGUAAAGCCUUUAACAGAGCCAGUGCUAAAUCCUUUCCAUAGACUGACUAGCUGAAGGAUUUAAACUCACCAAUCCAAUUAGCGCCCUUCUCCUUGGAGAGUUAGGGGUAAGUUUCAGCAUGGCAAGUCUGGGAUUCAGCUACACAACUCCCAUUAACGUUGAGGGGAAUUGCACGGAUAAAUCCUUAUCCACACAGUGCGAAUGGCUCCAUUAACUUGUCAUGGAAACUGAAAUUUGGUCAUGAAGGGUUUUUUUUGUUUGAAUCAUGAGGCAGCAUUUGCCUUCUGUUAAAGCAUACUAGACACACAGCAGUCUGUUCAUAGACACCUUACUGUUGUAUUCAGUCACAAAGCUGCAGUUACAACUGUCCCACUGAAGCAAUUAGCAAGGGCCAGAUUGUGAAAAGGGAGGUGGCUUGGAAACUAGAACUCAGCUUUACAAACUGAAGUGUUCCGAGUUCCGGGCGUUGCACUGUGGAUACUUUAUUGGGAAUAUUUGUUUCUGCCUCUGUACGGAGCUGGACAUCAAAGCAAAAGUCACCAGAAUUGUAGUGAACAGCAACAUCAAAAGACUUCAGAAAUUAUUUCAGGGAAAACACACAAGCAAAUUAAGAUUUGGGUCUGCUAUCCAGCUGUGCUUUACAGGCAGAGAACACUGUUGGACUAAAAGUCUUAAGCACCAAGCCUGAUGGUCUUUCCAUUAAAAUACAGAAACAGGAUACUGUUGCCAGGCUUUUCUAACUAAAACUUGGUCUUAGACUUUUGGAGUGUGAUGACACUUUAAAUAAUGCAUUUCUUUGAUUAUUUCUUUACUAUUCGGUAGCUGCAUGGAGGAUCACAUAGCAGUUGAAAAUUAAAGCCUAAUUUUGCGUGAUCCUGAAUCAAGAGGAGGUGCUGGUGUUCAUUUCGUCUACCAGACAGAGCUGUGUAGAUCGCAAGGACUCCAUCUCCACCCAUUAUCCACCCCCCCACAGAGGAGGAGCUACCUACACCCUGCAAGAGGCUCCAGCCAGCAGCCUUAUGGAAUGAGACAGGGUCCUUCUCCACAAACCUGCUGCUGAAAGAAACCUUUGCUUUUUUUCUUUUUCCCCUUUCUUAAAGUAGGUCAGAAUCAACAUAGAUAAACAAACAAAUAAAUACGAAUAGAUACAUGAUAAUGUAUCAUGUGUGGUCCAGGGACUUGUCAUAAAGAGUCUGCAAAGAGAUUUUCUUUUGGCUGUCCUGUCUUGUACUACACUACACAUGAAGCCUGCCAGGCAGCCUUGAGGUUGGUAUCUCCUGUUUGUGUGCUGCUCUUGAAAUGGAACUUAGUGAAAUUCUGCUGAAAUAAGUUAAAUUAAAUAAGUCUCCAUCUGCUCAGGAGAGUGCCCUGCCUGCUGUUUUAACCUGUGUAAUCACUGCACCUUUGUAAUCACCAGCCUUGAAGUGAGAGCUGAUGAAGGCCUAUGCCCAAAAAAGCACUGUCAGGCUGGUGGUUGGGCACUGUCCUGGAAGGUGACAAAACCAGCUCUGCAUCUCCUCAAGGGUGUCCUGUGUCAAAAAUUAGCACUUUAUGCCCACCCUCAACUCCAAGACACAGGGUUAGAGACACAGGUUAGAGGCACAUGUCAUUUUGCAUGGCCCAAGACCAGGAUCACCACCUUGGGACUCCUGGAACAAGAGGCAUAGCACUGCUCAGUGCUGGAGCCCAGCAUGUUUUUGGACUACCUGAAAAACUUAGCUUCUGAGCAAAGUGUAAAUUUCCACAACUUAUCACUCAAAAAACCCAAACAAAGUAACCACAACCAUCAAGAUACAUAGUCAGUCCCUGCCUUGUGAACCCAUGCUCAGUUUUCUCUCUCAGCUGUGCAUCCCAGCUGUUAAAGGUUCCUUUUCCCCCUUCUUCCCGAUGGACUUGAGAGCUGCUGUGCAGUGGCCCUGGGGGUGAGGAGUGGCCUGGAGGUACAAGCUUGCCGCUUCUCCAUAGCAGCAAACAGCAGCCUACAUGUUGGGCAAUUUCCGCAUAAUUGAGCUGUAGGUUUAAUGCUCAUCCAGCAGAAAAAGGAAGGGAAAUCCAAGGAUCACCCAUUUGGGGCAAAUGGUUACGGUAGGAAAUGAGAAGGGCCAAGCCUGGUCCCAGUAGAGAAGUAAUGGCGCUCUCAUUCUUUUGCCAGGAAAAGGCAGCUGUGCCACCAGAGAGGAUUGUAAGUGGUGAGAAGCCAGUUUCAAGACUGGAGCAUGGACUAAGAUGCAGAUCUCUCCAGUGUUUCAGGGCAGCUCCAUGCUCAGCACAGCCCUUGUUCUGAACGCCAGUUAGAAGCAGCUCACGCUCCAGGGCUGUUGUGAGGCUCCCAGGCAUUGGUACAGCCUGGCUCUGCUCCUGGCUCCGCUGGCUGUCAGCCUGGCUCACAGCCACCCCCACCCAUUUCUAGACCUCAGGUCCCAGAGCGGUACACAAAAUACAUCUCUAGCAAAGGCCUGUGCUUCUUACAUCCACAGUAGGAAAUAACUUUUGAUACAAAUACUAUGAUAUUGGCACGGUGGGAGCCCCUUAGGAAGAAUGGGUUAAUACCCCAUGUCUUAAUAAGAGUGCUAUUAGAUCAGAGCCUGAAAGUUAGGAACUCUUGAGUAUAUUAUUUUCUCUGAAAAACACCAUUUACUGUCAUCACUGGUGUCUAAAUUAAUUAUGGAGCCUCACAAAGGAUGUUUAGAUUUACUAAUAGGUCUUGUGGAAGAUAUACUAAAGAUUCUUAGGUGCCUUCACAUCUAACACUGCCCUUCACUGUGGGUUAAAUAUUUAUGUUUGUCUGACUAGGUAGAUUUAAAAAUAAACACAGUCAUGCAAGUGCAAAUUGAAAAUGAGGGCAUGAACUGCAUCUGUAAUCUUACUAGCAAGCAGACACAGAGGUAGAGAGUUUCAUCAGCUUCAAGAGGAAGGACACAUGUUGCAGAUCUGCUUGCAAGAACAGACCCAUCCUAUGCUUAUUUACUUCCCAUUACCAAAGCACUAACCAUGGGAUACUUUUGCAUAUUACAAGAAUUAAUUCAUUAACACUUUACAUCACUAUUGAUUUUAUUUGAACACUCAGUAAAGAGCACUUUUUUCCCGCAUUAUAGUUUCCUUGAAAUGAGCAACCAGACUACAUUAGUUUGAUUUAGAGUUGAGCCUAAAUGACAUAGUUUGAAUGUGAAUUACAGUCUUCUUAAAGUUUAUUUGCUUAAGGAACUGACCUGGGCUUUCCCAAAGAAUGAUUUCCAACAGGAAGGACAGGCUAUAUUGCUAUAGACUGUAAAAUACAGUUGUCUGAUUGCAUCUAGGAAAUUAAUUAUAUUUUUUUCGGGAAAAAAAAAAAAAGCUCUUUACAGUUGUAACAUGAGCAUAGUUAUCACUCAAGCUUUCCGCUGACUUGCUAGCAGGAAGGUUGUGAGUGAAGAGCCACCUUAAGCUGCUGGAGUUAGCUCUGGAAUCUCACCUGCCAGAAAGGAACAGGGCUAGCCUGUACCUGGCCUAAAGGAUUCAGGAGUGAAGGUGAUGACAGCUAAAUGAUUACAAAAGGCUUCCUCCCAAGAAUCACCAUCUUUGGCACUAUGAGAGGGAAGAAAGCAACCAGCAUUCAUAAACUAAUAGAAAUAAAUCCCAAACACUAGCAUUUGUGCAGCAAUUACAUGGAAUAUUUAUCACCACUGGAAUGAAUGGUGAUCUCUGACCCUCUAACAUUUUUUGCAAAUGAAUCCAUUAGUUCCAACCCCUUUCUCCUAUCAGUACACGAGCCAUAAAGCACUGCAGUCCUAGGUGCAGAUGAGCAAGGAAAGAGGAGAUUAAUUGUAUUUGUAGUAACGAGUGAAAAAGGAAGUAGGCUGAGGGCCUGCAAUGAGAUAGUUGUUAAAUUUAGCCCUAUAUAAUGCAAUUGCUUUAGUAAGCCAAUAAAUUACUCUGCAGCUCGACUUGGAUUGUUGCAAAGGUUUGAGUUUUAGAGAGCAAAUUUUUAUAGUUAAGUCAAUACUAGCUUCUGGACUGCUUUGGAUUUUAGUACAUUUGAGAUGCAUCUGCAAAGCCAGCUUACAAAUGAAUAAAUCUUUCCUUUAAUUCAAUCUGCCAAGAACAAAGAUAGAACACUGACUACUGCAGGAGCCAUGUUAGUGAUGUAAACCAAAGGACUGGGGAUUAAACAAGGAUUACCGAGCGCUAAAUCAAUGUGUUUCCUUUUCUGGCUGUGUGUCUGUGGUGUGAAAGUAUGGAUCAUUACAUAAAACAUGGCACAUGACUGCCUGGAUUAAUACUAGACAAUGUUACAGCAAUGCUGAGACACAAAGUUUGAUGUUUAAGCAUGACCAGUGUGCUACCAAGAAAGUGAUAGCGAUGACUAAGGAAGAAGGCAUGGUUUUUGUGGUGUUUGUAGUAUUCUGAAAUUCCAACCUGGGUCCCCCUACCAGACUAAUUUUUCCAGGUAAACCUGGCUGUGUUUAAUCCAUGCCCUACUCUUCUGGGGCAUGCUGGAGGUUUCUUUUAUAAUGUGAAGAAAACUAUCAAGAAUUAAGAUCAUACUGGGUUUUGCGGGGAAUUGAUUUAAAGAUCUCACAGUAUGAAAUUAAAUGCAACACACCCACCCCCACCCCCCAAAUGGCUGCACUAUCAGAUACAACAAAUAGAAAUGUAACUUUUUUAAUAGAAUUAAACUGAAGCAUACCACUUGCCAACAACAUCAAAGGAAUCAUGGAGCAAGUAACUGCAUUCUGGAAACCAAAUUCAUUGUCCCCUGGCCUUACCACAUACUCUCAUCCCUUUUGGUCAAGACCAGAGCAGCAGGCAGAGUUUGUGCUGGUUAGUGACAGUCUCUUGUGUACGGUUUUACCACCACCCCUUACCAAACACCACAAAGUAACGGGUCUGUUUGGGUUGGGCCAUUUGCUCCCCUAUGCAUUUUUAAAGCUAUCGUCAGUUGCAUUUACUCAGCCUAUCCAGAAUUUUGUUCCUGAGUAGUGACACCCCCCCCAAGACAUUUAGUAGUGAUACACACCCCAAAUACACUUAACACAUGUCUGAGGAGGUGAAUUUUGUUUUAGCUGUUAGUGGUUUAUCUCCCUUCAAUACAAUCCAUCACAAAAACUUGACACUAUAAUGUGUUGUUAUACCACAUAGUUGGGACUAUAGCAACAUAAUCUCUCAGUUGUGAAUGUUUUGCUCAUUGGAUUAAUGGUAUGAAAUAUAUCUGUACGUUCUAUCAGCAUUACUGUGUACUGCGUUAGUCUGACUUAUCUCAGAGGAAUUUGAUUUGCAGUUCGGUAUUAAAAGAGGAGAGAAUGGGGGGUGAGGGGGCAAACUGAAACAAAGAAGUGACUUGCUCCUGUAAGUUACAUGAUACAAAGAUUCUGGAAAGCAGGAAGGACCUUGAAUAAACCACCUUCAGCAAGGCCCCAGAGUCCUCAUAGGAAAAGGGCAAGGAUGGAAGGGAUGAAAAGUACCUAGAGUAAGCACACUAUGAUAAGUCUGUCUUUUUAAACCUGUACGCAAGCUCAUUUCAGUUUCACAAGUAUUUGCUUUUACCUCCCCAGCAUCCUUUUUUAAAAUGUGUUGGAACACUAGAAAAUGCUGUAAGACACCUACACCACUAAAUAAGCCUGUGCUCACCCAGAGGAGCAUAUAUUAAUUUCUCUACUAUGAACAGUCAUAAUGUCAAACGUUACAGUGCCACUGGAGAGAGCAGCAGGAGGGACUGAGGUCCUGAGGCAGCCACAUGCACUGCAGAAGAACCGUCCCAGGGCAGUACUAGCUCCUUACAAAAGUGACAUGGCAAUGAAAAAAUAUUAAUUGUCUAUUACAAGUUGAAGUUCUAAUUAAAAAACAAAGCACUGUUAUAUUAGAUUGAGAUUAUAGCUGGAUGCUGUUUCCUCCUAGUUUUUAUUCACAUAUACAUAAAUUAGGACAGCAAAAAAACCUAUAAAAAUCCUUUGGCACUUUCUGGACAACAGUGAUCUGUCUUUCCUACCAGCAGGGCUGGUUGAUCCUGAUUAUGUCCAGAUCAGGGAAUCGAGGGAGGAUGUUAAAAUGCUGAGCCAUUAUUCAGCUCCAUAGCUCUGGCAUCUCAUGCAUGCAAAGGUACAUUUUCCAGGCACCCAUGGCAUGCCUUGCUAUAAACACGUUCUGACAUAGGUGGGAGGAAGGCUGGUGCAUUGGGCCUACAGAAUAACUUUGAACAUGGCAGAGAAUGUGGACAUGGCAUUUGUCUUGAUGGUAAUUUUUAAAAUUGCUGAUAUGAAAUCGCAGUGAUUCAUGGAUCCAUUGUUUGUGCUCACAGAAAAAGAGCAUCUAGGCUACUUUUAACAUAAUACUUAUGGGAAGUAUUGUCUUUUCAUAUUUUUUUUGCCUCAGAUUUUUUGAUGGCAUGCAGACUUGGCAUCACACUAAAUAGAGACAUUGAUUCUUUAUAGUUUUAUCUCUUGAGCCCAUCUGGUUUGAAGUAGUUGACAACAAGCAGGAAAGGGAAUAGAAUGAAAGACUCACUUCAUGUUUGCAGAAUAAAAAAUGUGCAAGGCAGUGCUCAAAUCAGCCUGGGAGUGCACUUCCCUCUCACCACCCCUCCUCUGCUCUUUUAAGAUGAUUGGAACAGGAUAGCUUCUCCUGCAAGCCCUUAGCUCAGUGCUAGCUCUGAGUGCCCACUGUUGGAGCUGAAGCAGGCAAGCUGGAGCACGGAGGGAGA